GUUCUAUUGAGAGCGGACGACGAGAUAUUAUUCAAAUGCCUUUCAAUUGGCAAACUUUGCUGUUGAGCGUGUGCCUCAGUCAAAUCGGGGCGCAGUUGUUUGAAAAGCCGUCGACGUUGACAACAACAAAUGUGACUUACACAAGCUAUAUACAGGGUGCUGUUGGUGGCGCCACACAGCUGCCAAAUCAUGUGAACGUUCAACGUGCACCAGCAAUACAAAUUAUUAAGGCAGCGGAGCAAGAAAUCACGGAUAGCGAUGCGUUGGCGCCAUUGUUGCAGCAAUUGUUGAGGCAAACUAUGCCAAAUUGGCAGCAGGAACAGCGACAGCAACAACAACAACAGCAUCAACACUUUUUUGUGUUUGAGAACUCACAGCCUGUGCAGCUGGCAGGUCAACAGCCUCAAAUAUUACAAGGGUUCAAUGGCGUCAACGUACGUCAGCCGCAGCAGCAGCAGGAGCUGCAGCAGCAGCCACAAUCGACAUAUAUGCCGCAGCGGCAGCAACAACAAUACACUCAGCUACCAAUACAGAUGCAACAACAGCAAGCAGAACAAAAGGAAUACACACAAUAUUUACAAACAGCGCCAAAAAUCGCAUUGGCGUCGCCUGCAACAGCAACAGCAACAGCAACAGCAGCAACACCAACACCCGCAACGCCCGCAACACCCGCAGCAGCAGCAGCAGCUUGGCCGCAAGGAGUUCGUUAUGUGGCGCCAAUUGGAAGUUGGGCGAACAGUUUUCAGCCUCCCUCACCUCAAGCGAAUAACGCGACGAUGGAUGCGUUGUGCCAGCGCUGCUGCGACCCGGUGGCGCCACCAGAAACGCCCUGCGCGUGCUGCAACACGAAACCGCUGCUAAGCGCCACACUGCUAAAGGCGACAGCUGGUUAGUGAUUUUAAUUAAAUUGCUUGGCCCGAUUAAUAAAGAUGCGCAGCGGCUGCGAAAAAUGUGUAGCAUA